CCGACACACCACACAAUUACACAAACACAAACCCAACGCGUUUACAUAACUCACGUUUGCUGUAAAAAAAAAAAAAUUAAUCAGACAUUUUUAUUUUGUGCUGUAUUUGCACUGUUUAAUUAACUUAAAGUUGUUAAAAAUAACAAAACAGAAUGGCUGAUGCUCCAAUUUCCAAGGAACGUAACAUGAAGUUUCCUUAUACAUUGACAGCAAAGAUGGUUAACUUUCCAUACAAACAUUAUUACAAACACGCCUGGUUAACUAGAUAUUGGAUUGCUGGUCUCAUUGUCUGUGUUCCAAUCUUCUACAAAAUUACACAAGCAGUUAAUUCACCUGAAAAUGUUGAAAAAUGGCGUAAAAUAAGAGAAGCAGAGUACGCUGGAACACAUCAUUAAUGAUGAAAAAAAAAAUUAUUAAAAAUUUGUU